GUUGACUGUGGCUCCCUCUCUGACCCUGGGAAUGGAAUUGUUGAUGCAUCCAAUACCACCUUCAUGAACACUGCUACCUACAACUGUAAUACUGGAUACAAUCUGACUGGUGAUACAACCAGGACUUGUCAGGCUAAUGGAACUUGGAGUGGGACUGCCGCUUGUACUCCUGUUGACUGUGGCUCCCUAUCUGACCCUGGGAAUGGAAUUGUUGAUGCAUCCAAUACCACCUUCAUGAACACUGCUACCUACACCUGUAACACUGGAUACAAUCUGACUGGUGAUACAACCAGGACUUGUCAGGCUAAUGGAACUUGGAGUGGGACUGCCGCUUGUACUCCUGUUGACUGUGGCUCCCUCUCUGAUCCUGGGAAUGGAAUUGUUGAUGCAUCCAAUACCACCUUCAUGAACACUGCUACCUACACCUGUAACACUGGAUACAACCUGACUGGUGAUACAACUAGGACUUGUCAGGCUAAUGGAACUUGGAGUGGGACUGCCGCUUGUACUCCUGUUGACUGUGGCUCCCUCUCUGACCCUGGGAAUGGAAUUGUUGAUGCAUCCAAUACCACCUUCAUGAACACUGCUACCUACAACUGUAACACUGGAUACAAUCUGACUGGUGAUACGACCAGGACUUGUCAGGCUAAUGGAACUUGGAGUGGGACUUCCGCUUGUGCUCCUGUUGACUGUGGCUUCCUCUCUGACCCUGAGAAUGGAAUUGUUGAUGCAUCCAAUACCACCUUCAUGAACACUGCUACCUACACCUGUAACACUGGCUACAAUCUGACUGGUGAUACGACCAGGACUUGUCAGGCUAAUAGAACUUGGAGUGGGACUGCCGCUUGUACUCGUAAGUUAAUUGUUUUCAUGAUCCCAUUAAUAUAUCUAUAUAUAGCUGUUGACUGUGGCUCCCUCUCUGAUCCUGGGAAUGGAAUUGUUGAUGCAUCCAAUACCACCUUCAUGAACACUGCUACCUACACCUGUAACACUGGCUACAAUCUGACUGGUGAUACGACCAGGACUUGUCAGGCUAAUGGAACUUGGAGUGGGACUGCCGCUUGUACUCCUGUUGACUGUGGCUCCCUCUCUGAUCCUGGGAAUGGAAUUGUUGAUGCAUCCAAUACCACCUUCAUGAACACUGCUACCUACACCUGUAACACUGGAUACAACCUGACUGGUGAUACAACUAGGACUUGUCAGGCUAAUGGAACUUGGAGUGGGACUGCCGCUUGUACUCCUGUUGACUGUGGCUCCCUCUCUGACCCUGGGAAUGGAAUUGUUGAUGCAUCCAAUACCACCGUCAUGAACACUGCUACCUACAACUGUAACACUGGAUACAAUCUGACUGGUGAUACGACCAGGACUUGUCAGGCUAAUGGAACUUGGAGUGGGACUGCCGCUUGUGCUCCUGUUGACUGUGGCUUCCUCUCUGACCCUGAGAAUGGAAUUGUUGAUGCAUCCAAUACCACCUUCAUGAACACUGCUACCUACACCUGUAACACUGGCUACAAUCUGACUGGUGAUACGACCAGGACUUGUCAGGCUAAUAGAACUUGGAGUGGGACUGCCGCUUGUACUCGUAAGUUAAUUGUUUUCAUGAUCCCAUUAAUAUAUCUAUAUAUAGCUGUUGACUGUGGCUCCCUCUCUGAUCCUGGGAAUGGAAUUGUUGAUGCAUCCAAUACCACCUUCAUGAACACUGCUACCUACACCUGUAACACUGGCUACAAUCUGACUGGUGAUACGACCAGGACUUGUCAGGCUAAUGGAACUUGGAGUGGGACUGCCGCUUGUACUCCUGUUGACUGUGGCUCCCUCUCUGACCCUGGGAAUGGAAUUGUUGAUGCAUCCAAUACCACCUUCAUGAACACUGCUACCUACAUCUGUAACACUGGCUACAAUCUGACUGGUGAUACGACCAGGACUUGUCAGGCUAAUGGAACUUGGAGUGGGACUGCCGCUUGUACUCCUGUUGACUGUGGCUCCCUCUCUGACCCUGGGAAUGGAAUUGUUGAUGCAUCCAAUACCACCUUCAUGAACACUGCUACCUACACCUGUAACACUGGAUACAAUCUGACUGGUGAUACAACCAGGACUUGUCAGGCUAAUGGAACUUGGAGUGGGACUGCCGCUUGUACUCCUGUUGACUGUGGCUCCCUCUUUGACCCUGGGAAUGGAAUUGUUGAUGCAUCCAAUACCACCUUCAUGAACACUGCUACCUACAACUGUAACACUGGCUACAAUCUGACUGAUGAUACGACCAGGACUUGUCAGGCUAAUGGAACUUGGAGUGGAACUGCCGCUUGUACUCCUGUUGACUGUGGCUCCCUCUCUGACCCUGGGAAUGGAAUUGUUGAUGCAUCCAAUACCACCUUCACGAACACUGCUACCUACACCUGUAACACUGGCUACAAUCUGACUGGUGAUACGACCAGGACUUGUCAGGCUAAUGGAACUUGGAGUGGGACUGCCGCUUGUACUCCUGUUGACUGUGGCUCCCUCUCCCACCCUGGGAAUGGAAUUGUUGAUGCAUCCAAUACCACCUUCAUGAACACUGCUACCUACACCUGUAACAUUGGCUACAAUCUGACUGGUGAUACGACCAGGACUUGUCAGGCUAAUGGAACUUGGAGUGGGACUGCCGCUUGUACUCCUGUUGACUGUGGCUCCCUCUCUGACCCUGGGAAUGGAAUUGUUGAUGCAUCCAAUACCACCUUCAUGAACACUGCUACCUACACCUGUAACACUGGAUACAAUCUGGCUAGUGAUACGACCAGGACUUGUCAGGCUAAUGGAACUUGGAGUGGGACUGUUCCAACAUGUGAUCCUGUCAACUGUGGUGACCUCACUGACCCCUCCAAUGGAGCAGUGAACACAUCCUCCGGAACGACUUUUAAUAUGAACGCUACCUACACCUGUAACACUGGCUACAAUCUGAUUGGAAUUACGCCCAGGACUUGUCAGGCUAAUGAAACUUGGAGUGGCAGUGAACCAACUUGUAAUCUUGUCACCUGUCAAAUCCUCUCUGCUCCCACCAAUGGAAUGGUUGAUGAACCUAGAAACACCUUUGGAAGCAAUGCCACCUACACCUGUAACACUGGCUACACUCUUAAUGGAGACACUACCAGGACUUGUGGAAGUGAUGGAGUGUGGAGUGGCAGUGAACCAACUUGUAAUCUUGUUGACUGUGGAACCCCUCCCACUAUUUCUGAUGGCAGUAGGACAAUAGCUGGUACAACAUUUGGAGAGAUGGCCACCUACACCUGUACCAGUAGUGGGUUCAGUAUCUCUGGAUCAGCCACCAUAACUUGUCAGGCUAAUGGGAGCUGGGAACCUGAGCCAGCCUGUACUAUGGAUUCCAUUGAUUGUGGCCCACCUCCCUCUGUUUCUAAUGGCUCUCCUGGAGCACCCUCACCUGACACAAAGCUCGAUGGAGUGGUGACCUACACCUGUGAUACUGGGUAUGAGGUCUCCACUGGAGUCACCACAGCAAUGGCUACCUGUAUGGCCAACAGGGUGUGGGAGCCUGUACCAACUUGUCAACGUCGCGUGGUUUGUGAAGCUGAACAGGAUUCUGUAUGGGAGCUAGUCUUCCCUACCACUUUGGCUGGCUUUUCUUAUUCGCAGCAAUGCCCACAAAAUGGAAAUGGAACAACUUUAGGUACUGCGACUCGUUUCUGUACACUGGGUGGUGUAUGGGAAGCAGUGAACACAGAUAACUGCACUAGAGAAGUAAUCAUCUCACUUAAUAACACGGCAAAUGAACUAUUUGCAUCUCAGAACAAUGCAUCUCAGAACGAAGUUGAUAACCUUCUUGUUUCUCUUGUGGAGGCUACUAGUGUAAAUGCAACUGGAGACUUCACCAUAUUCCCCCAAGACCUCAGUACUACUAAUACGAUCGUUCAGUCAAGUGUGAAUUACCUCAUUCAAAACGUAGAGAUUGCUAGCCCCAUGUCUUCUCUCAAUUUAGUGAAGAAGUUAUGAACGUUCUCAACAAUGUUCUGGAUGAGAGGAAUACAGAAGGAUGGGAAAGAUUACAAAUGGAUUCUGCUGCUGAGAGUCAGCAAUUGCUGUUGAAUGCAGAGUUAUAUGGUCAGUAUG